AUGAAUAUCUGACAAGAGUUGGAACUUUGCUGUAUCAAAUGCAGGCCGGACCAGGGACCAUUAAAUAGCGGUCAGACUGGAGGGAGCUGAGGUAACCCUGACAAAAAGAGUGAUCUCCCUCCAACAUGAAACGCAUUAUCCUGUGGUCAGUUUUGGUGACUGCAGUCUUUUCAACAGAUGGCAGCAUAUACAUUGCAGAGGCAGAGACAAAGGGCCCUGGACUUUACCACUAUGAUCUUGCUGUUCUGGGAACUGUACUUGCCAUCAAGUUUAAAGCAGUUCUUUUAGUCCUGGCGGUCAUCUUUGGAAUAGGCGUAUACUACAAGCUGUUUGCUGGGUUUGGUAACUACUACAAGGGCCUCAAAUGUCAGCCACCUGUCAUAUAUGAGUCACCAAGCCAUGGAAAAUAUAAUUAUGACCACGAACCAUACGGGAAUUCUGAAAGACGCGAUAGAGCAAAUGAUUUUACAAAAUACACUGAGAAUUUGGACUUUGAAUUGCUGACAACUGUGAUGAAAGGAAUUGGCCUUCGGGACCUAAGUUUCAACAUCACGGAUAAAGGAAAUGGAUCAUGCAGGAGACGAAUUGUUUGUGAAGCAGACAGACUGGCCAGUACAAAUCCAGUGGUGGGUUAUGCCAUCGAUCUUCUAAGAGGAUUGUCGAGGUAUAGAACAUCAAGACCAACGAAUCAAGGAGCUCUCAACUGUGCAGCGCGUUAUCCAGAGUGCAGCACUGGCAGAGGCACCCAACGUCAUUUACAAAAGAAGCCUCGAAGAACACCAGAAACGAAUUCCCGACUUAGAAGAGAAUAGUAGACAUAAGUUAAUUUAUUUAUUGUAUUUAUUAAAUUAUUUUCAACAUUAUAAAUGGCACUUCAAUUAAAAUUUCAUUCACCCCCCCCCCUUUUUGGUUACAAACCAGACACUUGAUUUUCUAAUUUUCUUUUCCCCCACCUUCUUCUGGGAUGUGAUGCUGUGUAGUUCAGUAAACAGGUUUAUCAUUUGAGAAGCACAUGCUACCUCUCUGUCCACCAAAACCCUGAAGAUGGAGGCUGUAGUUUUAGCAGAAUAAUAGUGCCCAUCUAUCAAACCACAUGGCAUCCCACACCACCAUCAUAACUCACUGUUUCUCAAACUUUAAUCGCAGGAAAUGUUUUUUGGAGUAAAUUUUUUUUACAACUGUCCACAACUUACUUUGCUCAAAGGAAGCUAUUUUUAUCCUUUUCUUACCAUAUACUUUCCUUGAACUAUAUUUUUAUCUUACGAAAAACACCUAUGCAACCUGUCACAUGCUUAACAACACCCUGGUGGCCACGACUCACCAUAUACAAACCAUAACCUGAAUAUUCAACAUUGUUAAGAACAAUGCAGUAUAACUGUACUGCAAUUGCAGUAUAACACACGCAGUCACAGGAGCAAUACACAACACAAAGCACAAUACACACACAAAAGUAGAAAGAGU